UCUCUCACACGACAGCAAGCUAAGCUAAGGACGGGAAAUCGACGGAUCAAAACCCACAAGCGAAUCCAUGGGAGCCGGGAUAAAGCGGUCGAGGGAGGAGGAGUCAUCCAUGUCUCUGGCGUUGUCGUUGAGCACGGACUCGGCAUCUUCCGCCGGGACGUCGGCCGGCUCGGGUGCCGGUGCGCCGGCCAAGCGAAGGAGGGGCGCCGUGGUGGCGACGUCGGGAGACGGGGAGUUCGUGUGCAAGACGUGCGGCCGGGCCUUCCCGACAUUCCAGGCGCUGGGCGGGCACCGGACCAGCCACCUCCGCGGCCGCCACGGGCUGGAGCUCGGCGUCGGCGUCGCCAGAGCCAUCAAGGAAAGGAAAAGGCGCGAGGAGAAACAGCACGAGUGUCAGAUCUGCGGGAUCGGCUUCGAGAUGGGUCAGGCGCUCGGGGGGCACAUGAGGCGCCACCGUGAGGUGAUGGCACCGCGCAGCGCCGACGAUCGCUGUGUCGCGCUACUGCCGGAUCAGGAGGUGGCGGGGCACCAGGCCGCCGGCUACCAGCCGCCCGUUUUGCUCCACCUGUUCAUCUAGGCAACUGCUAGCUAGAAAGAAGGAAGAUAUAUGCUCUUUGUUUCCUAAUGCGUGGAUGGACAUAUAAAUACGUUUCAUUUGUCGAUCAUGUAAUUACGGAUUCAUAUAUAUAUACCACAUAGUACUCCCUCCGUUCCAUAA